AUGAAUUCAGUUUCACCCUCACAAAUCACAUCACUAAUGGUUUUUUUAAAAACCGUGCCGUUUCGAUACACCAUUGUGAGACACAAGUCAUCAUCGUUGAAAAAGCAUUUGCAAAAGGUCAAAGGCGAUCCUUUCAACGACAAGAAACGGGGUGAGUUUUACAGAUCCAGAGCGGCGUUUAAACUAUUGGAGAUUGACGAAAAGUUUCAUCUUUUUAACAAAAACUGUCACAAUAUAGUUGACUUGGGGUUCGCACCAGGAGCAUGGAGUCAAGUUGCUGUUGAAAGGCUAGGAGAUAAAAACUUUACAAUAUUGGGUAUUGACAUCAACCAAGCCACUCCGUACAAGGGCUGCCAUUACAUACAAGGCGAUGUGACUAAAACUUCAACACAUACCAAGACCAAAGACUUUUUUACAGAUGAAGACGGGUUGACGCAACCUCUUGAUCUAAUAAUGAGUGACAUGAUGGUCAAUUGCACCGGACACGACCAUUACGAUCACAUAGGUAACAUGGAACUAUGCAACGCCGCUUUGAUACUUGCAUUCAAUCAGCUACGGGCUGGUGGUAAUAUGGUAAUGAAGGCGUGGCAAGGUUCCGAAUUGAAGUUACUUGAAGCUAGAAUGAAGGUCCUAUUCCUUAAGCAACAUGCUUUCAAACCUCACUCUAGCCGUUCAGAGUCGAGCGAGUUGUACUUCAUUGGUCUUGGUAAGAGAGACUUGCAGCACAAAGUGCUACUCUCGGACCUUUUCGGUGAUUUGGAAGAAGUUGGAAAGCUACAAAGGCUGGUGAGGUGA